AUGCACAGCCGUGCUGCCUCGGCGACUGAUAUGAAGACCCUUGCAACCCAGGCAGCAAGUCUGUUCAAUGGUCCUCCUUUACCUCCUAAAACUCCUGCAGAGGAGAAGCAGGACGAUUUCUUCACGCAAUUGCACAAUGACCCUCGUAUCAAGCCUAGUGACCCGCGCUCACUUGCUCGUACUGAAGCAGCUCCUCCGGAAUGGGGUGCUGCUGCUCAGUUCCUGAACCAACCCAAAUCUACCGCUGGCCCUCUUCCCUCUGGUAGCAUUCUUGAUUACGUCAAGUCCGAGAAGAAGGAUCCGGAAUUAGUAGCCAAGUACACUGCCCAGAGGAAACGCAGGCCGACCACUGGCACUUCACGCAGAGGAAGUAACGAGCGAAACUUUGCCAGAAAGACUUGGACGGUAGAACCUGCCAUCCAAGGAAAUGGUGGUUUGAUCAAUGCCGUUCGCGCCCACGACGCUCUGAGAUCUGAUGAAGACUUCCAGAAGAUCUGGGUCGGUACCCUUGGNUUUCCUACUGACGCUCUGCUCGAUUCCAAGAAGGAGGAGAUCUCUGACAGACUGGCCAACGAAUACGACGCUGUGACUGUCUACCCUUCGGAUCGUGAUAUUGAUGGACACUACACUCAUUACUGCAAGACCAUUCUCUGGCCAGUUUUCCACUAUCAGAUUCCCGACCAUCCCAAGAGCAAGGCCUAUGAAGACCAUUCCUGGGAGUUUUACAGAAACGUUAACCAGAAUUUCGCCGACAAGAUCAUUGCGAAUUACAAGCGUGGCGAUGUCAUCUGGGUCCACGACUACCACCUUCUCCUUGUCCCGGGUAUGAUCCGUAAGAAGUUGCCUGAUGCUCAAAUUGGCUUCUUCCUUCACGCAGCCUUCCCUUCCUCUGAGGUAUUUAGAUGUCUCUCAACCCGUACGGAGCUUCUCGAGGGUAUGCUUGGUGCCAACCUUGUUGCUUUCCAAACCAAAGAAUACGCACACCACUUCCUGCAGACUUGCAGUCGUCUCCUCACUGUCGAGGCUACUCCUGAGGGAGUGCAACUGGAAGAGCGUUUCGUUAAUGUCAGCCACGAACCCAUCGGCGUUGAUCCUGAAGGAAUGGCCAAGGCUAGAGAAGAGCCUGAGGUAAAGGAGUGGAUCAAGGUGAUUCAGGAUAGAUACAAGGGCAAGCAUUUGAUUGUUGCUCGUGACAAGCUGGACAAUGUCAGAGGCGUCAGACAGAAGUUACUCGCUUUUGAGCUGUUCCUCAACAAAUACCCACAGUGGCGUCAAAACGUAAGUACUGUACCUCUCAAAUCCUGUUACGUGUCUAACAUCAUUCAUGCANNGGUUGUCCUUUUACAAGUCGCUACAUCUACCACCGAGAACAGCGAGCUUCUAGCAACUGUUUCGGACAUCAAUACACGUAUCGACUCCGUACACUCGACGCUUGCGCACCAGCCUUUGGUUUUCCUGAAGCAGGACAUCUCGUUCUCGCAAUAUGUGGCUCUGCUCACUGUUGCUGAUGUUAUGAUGAUUACUUCUCUUCGUGAAGGUAUGAAUCUGACGGCUCACGAAUUCAUCCUGUGUCAGGAUGGAGCUACGACAGAGAAGAAGUUUGGUCCUUUGAUCCUCAGCGAGUUCACUGGUAGUGCCUCAGUAUUUGGUGGCAGUGAAAUUUCUGUAAACCCUUGGGAUUACCAGAAGUGUGCUGAGGCUAUUAAGCUCGCUUUGGAGAUGUCUCCUGAGGAGAAGGAACGCCGUUACAACAAGCUUUCAGAUGUUGUGCACAAGCAGACUGGAGACUAUUGGGCUACCCGCUUGGGUGACUCCCUCUCGAAGGCCACCAAGGAACAGUUUUCUCGCGACGCAAUGUCAAUUCCNCGUCUGUCAGUUACUUCACUCGCUCAGAAGUACAAGGAGGCAGAGCGCAGAGUCUUCAUUCUGGACUACGAAGGUACACUUGCUACAUACGGCACAGACAAGGACGUUGUCUUGACUUCNCCUCAGCGUGUCCUUGACACACUUAAUGAGCUGUUGUCUGACAAGAAGAACAUCGUCUAUGUCAUGUCAGGUCGUACACCCGAGGAGUUGCAGCGCCUCUUCCGUCAAGUGCCCAACCUCGGCGUUAUUGCAGAGAAUGGGUGUUUCUUGCGCGAAUGGGGUGUCUCUGACGAUGAGUGGACUGCCUUCGCAGACGUCGAUGCAUGUGCUUCUUGGAAGAAAGAUGUCAAGUCGAUCUUCCAGUACUACUCCGAGCGUGUGGAGGGAUCGUGGAUUGAAGAGCGUCACUGCUCACUCGUCUUCCACUACGAGAAGGCCGCGGACCCAGAGGCCGCUCGUGCUCAGGCAGGUGACUGCGCUAACCAUAUCAACGACAGCUGCCAGAGCUACAGGGUGCAGGCCAUUCCUACUAGCAAGGCAGUCACCGUGGAAUCACUCGACUGGAGCAAGGGCUCAGCGGCUACGAGGAUCUUCGAGAAGCUUCGUGAGAAGAAUGUCGAAGGCAAGGGACGUACACCACCUGACUUCCUGCUGGUAGCUGGUAACGACCGUGAGGACGAGACCAUCUUCCAGUGGGCCAACAGCCUUUCAGAGCAGGGCAAGAUAGGCCAUGUGACCACUGUGUCAGUGGGCAAGCGCAACACCCAGGCCAUGACUACUAUCACUCAGGGCACGACUGGUCUCAUCAGUGCGCUUCAAAAGCUGUCGAACUAUUCGUACGAAUCUGCCCCUGAGGGAUCUGGCGGCCGUCGCCCAUCUGUUCUCCUUACUACUGGUUCUUAG